AUGAAGACUGGUCGACUACUGGAUGUCUUAUCUGGUCAUGAAGCUCCAGUUUCUGGCCUGACUUUCAGCCCAUCGGGAGCUCUAUUGGCAAGUGGAUCUUGGGACAAGACAGUCAAGUUAUGGGAUGUAUUUGAGAAUAAAGGAUCUCGGGAGACUCUACUGAUUAAUUCAGAUGUUUUGGCUGUGGCAUUCCAUCCUGAUGGACGACAACUUGCUGUUGCAGCAUUGGAUGCAUGCAUUACAUUCUGGGACACUCAGAAUGCAAUACAAGUUGGAUCCAUAGAAGGUAGACAUGAUAUUGGCUAUUUCCGUAAAUUGGAAGAUAUGAUCACUGCUAAAAAAUCUGCUGCAGGACAAGCAUUCAACACCAUUUGCUAUUCGGCCGAUGGAAAAGCAUUGUUGGCUGCUGGCCGAUCCAAAAAUAUCUGCAUUUAUUCUGUAAAAGACCAAAUUCUUAUGAAGAAAUUUCAAAUUUCUUGCAACAAAUCUUUUGAUGGAAUGGAAGAAUUUUUGGACAAACGCCAAAUGACUGAAUGGGGUAAUCGUGCCUUGAUUGAUGAUGAUGAUGAAGAAGAUGGCCCUGGUAAAAGUAUUGCCCUUCCUGGGGUUCGAAAAGGGGACAUGUCGUCACGUCACUGGAAACCAGAGGUUCGGGUCAGCUGUGUUAAGUUCUCUCCAACUGGCCGUUCAUGGGCAGCUGCAAGUACAGAAGGCGUCCUUGUCUAUUCUCUCGACCACAAACUGCACUUUGAUCCCUUUGACUUGCAAGUGGACAUAACUCCAGAAAGCAUACGAAAGACGUUGGGCAAGGGAGAUUAUUCUUCCGCUCUCAUGCUGAGCUUUCGUCUAAAUGAGCAGUCUCUAAUUGAGGAGGUUAUAGAAAAGAUCCCUUACACACAGAUUGAGUUUCUUGCUCAGAAUCUUCCAGAAACCUAUGUGGACCGUCUGUUGUCAUUCCUACCUACUCAAAUAGAAAAUUCAGCUCAUAUACAGUUUUACUUAACAUGGCUUGAAAAAUUACUUAUGUCACACAGUCCUUCCUUAAGACAAAGAUCAGGCUCUAUUAUGGCCACUUUACGUUCCUUACAGAAAGCCACAAGGAUCAAACAUGAUGAAAUUAGUAAAUUAUGUGAAUAUAACAAAUAUACAUUACAGUACCUGCUGGGCCAGUGUGCACUGAAGCGAAAGAGAGAAGAAAAUGACAAGCAAGAAGAUGAAGGAUCUGACUGUGAAGAAAAAAAUGACGACGAUAAAGAUGAGGACAUGGAAAGUGACAGUGCCUUUGUUAGUAAAUGGUCUGACGAUGAAGACACAGAUACAUAA